CUGCCUUUUGUAAUGCUAUAAUAUAAUCUCAAUAAUAUCUAAAAUCAAUUAAGUGUUCUUCCUUCUCUUCUAUUUGAUGCAAUACAAAGAGAUUAACAAAAUCAUGAAAACUCUUAUCUUAAUCCUCAUAUUCUCCAUAAUUGUUGUUUUCUCACAAACAACACCAACAUUACUCACUCGUUUUAAACAUCAAACGAACCAAUAUUCUACGCUUUAUGAUGUCCAACCACAAAAUGUGAAUGUACCGUAUGGAACAUGCAAAUACAUGAUCACCAUAAAGACAAGCUGCCUUUCUCCAAUACAUACAAGAGACAUCGUCGGUAUUUCAUUUGGAGACGCUAAUGGCUUUUCGCUUGUUGUUUGGGAACUGGGUGAUCCUGAAUCUAGGAGGUUCGAACAGUGCAUGACAACUAUAUUUUGGAUAGCGGGACCUUGUAUCGACCAAAUAUGCAAAUUGUUUCUAUAUAGGAAUGGAACAGAUAGUUGGAUACCUGAGAGUGUCAUUGCAGAUGACUAUAGGAACCCUCCUAUCACAUUUUACUACAACGCUUACAUUCCUAAUGAUGGUUUUGGCUAUGGCCACGACUUUUGUAUUUACAAAGCUUAGUGUUUAAUUACAUUUUCAAAAUACUAUUAUUACAUACAAAGCUUAUUGUAUGUUGUCGGUUAUGGAGUCUAGGCUCGAAAUAAAGUUGCUUCUUUUUUUUAAAAGAAAAAAUUAGUUGCUUCUAAUAAGUAUUUGGAUAUAAUACAUUGUAAGUGGUUUAUCUUUUAUCUAAAUUUCAAUCUGGUGUGUUAUCUUUUUUAAGUCAA